AAAUCCUACCUGGACCCAUGACAGUAUAGCUAUUGGUGGAGUUUAUUAUUGGUGUUAUUAACCUGUUAGCUAGGGCAGUGGAUUUGAGCAGGCAGGCUUCUAUAUUGUUUUUACAAUUCCAGGCAGGGUCUAUUUAUCUAUCCAUCAAUAUCAUGAAUUAUAAAGUACUACUGUAUGUCCAUGUAAUGGAUGGUCCCCUCUCUCUAUAUUCCCUACGUUCCCUAGUAAUACAUAUUCAAGCACAGUGCGGAGUACAGAGGACGGACUUCUGCGUUCACUGGUGAGCAUACAUCGUACUUGAAUUGUGAUAUGGAGCGGAUGAGAGGCUGCUGCUGCGCGGUGUUCCAUCAGGCUUGCUGUGUAAAAACAGCACGCUGCUGGGCGAGGAAGAAAGGGGGGUGUAUUGCUCUGUUGGCAGCGGUUCAGGCGUCUCCAGUGGACACCUAAAGCGGGACUUGGCUCGGUGUAACUCUCACACUGGGACAUUCACACAAGAUGGCGAUGGAUUGGAGAGGCGGCUCUCUUGUAACUGCUACUGUUACUUUAAAAAAAAAAAAAAACUAUAUAAAUAAAUAAAUAAAAAAAUAAAAAUCCUUGCACUUUUUUUUGUUGUUGCUGGAAAUCAAAGGGUUUACAUGGCGCUGGACGGUGUCUGCUUUCUCUGCCUCGCUUCUCUGACCCUCGCUGCUCUUCUGACCGCGCAAGGUAAAGCUUAUUCCCUGGAGCUGAGCUGCAGCGCUGGUCCGGUUCAUUUUGUUCUAGAACCCGCCCAAGAGCUGAUGCUGGACUGUAACCUGCCGGCUGUGGAGCAGCCCGCCCACAUCUCCUGGGAGAAGGACGGUGUGCCGGUGGUGAGUGAUGGGCUCCUGCAGGUGCUGCCCAACGGCUCCCUGUCCAUCCUGCAGGCCGUGCACGAGGGCAGGGUCCCGGAGCGGCGGGGCAGUGCUGAGGGGAGCUACUUCUGCACCGUGAGCAGCUCAUUCGGAGCCAUCGCCAGCCGCACAGCCGUCAUCCGAGACUCCACUCUCUCCCGGUUCCUGCAGCACCCCGAGUCUCAGGUGGUGCAGCAGGGUGGCCUGGCACGGUUCCAGUGCAGAAUUGACGGGCUCCCAGCGCCGCUCAUCACCUGGGAAAAAGACCAGACCCUCCUCCCCAACGAAGCCAGAUUCACCCCCCUCCCGAACGGUGUCCUGCAGAUUGUCAAUGUGCAGGAAGAGGAUGCGGGGGUGUACCGCUGUGUGGCAGCGAACGCGGCUCGGACUCGCUACAGCCAGGACGCAGCGCUCACCGUCACUGAAGGUCCUCCAUCGGGGCAGGGGGACGUGGUGAUCAUCGCUGCCCCCAAAAACACGACGGUGGUGGCAGGGAAGACCGCGGUGAUGGAGUGCAUGGCCCAGGCAGACCCCACCCCCUUCGUGUCCUGGAUCCGGCAGGAUGGAAAGCCCAUUGCCACCGAUGCUGUAGUUCUGUCCACGAACCUUCUGAUUGCUGAUACCCAGUCCUACCACGCUGGGGUGUACGUCUGUCGAGCCAACAAGCCGAAGACCCGGCAGUUUGUGAAUGCUGCAGCCACGCUGCGAGUACUGGCUCCCCCGGUCAUUACGCAGUUGCCCGAAACCAUCUCACGGACGCGGGCCAGCACAGGCCGCUUCGUGUGCAAGGCGUCUGGGGAGCCGGCCCCUGCCAUCACCUGGAUGAAGAACGGCCAGCCCAUCCACUCCAACGGGCGGGUGAAAAUCCAGAGCUCCGGCAGCCUGGUAAUCAACCAGAUCGGGGUGGAGGACUCCGGAUACUACCAGUGCAUCGCCGAGAACAACCUGGGCACAGCCUGCGCCACUGCCAGGCUCUCGGUCAUCGUCCGCGAGGGGCUUCCCAGCAACCCCCACAGCGUGUCGGCCUCCACCCUGUCCAGCACCGCCGUCCUGGUGACCUGGGAGCGGCCCGAGCACAACAGCGAACGGAUCAUCGGCUUCUCCCUGCACUACCAGAGGGCUGCAGGAGGCACGGAUAACGUGGAAAACCAGUUUGCAGUGAACAACGACACCACUGAGUUUCAGGUGAAAGACUUGGAGCCCAACACGAAUUAUACCUUCUACGUGGUGGCUUAUUCCCCGCUGGGCGCCAGUCGGACGUCUAACUCGGUCACUGUCCACACCUCGGAGGAUGUCCCCAGUGCCCCGCCUCAGCUGUCCCUGUUGAGCACGACUCCGACCGACAUCCGCGUCAUGUGGUUCCCCCUCUCCGCAGAGCUGAGCCAGGGCAAGGUGACCAAGUACAGGAUCGACUACUGCACAGUGGAGGAGGUAGAUCAGAUCUAUUCCAUUGAAGUGGCUGGAAACGAAACGCAGGUCCCCCUUCAUUCACUGCACCCCAACAAGACGUACAAGGUGCGGAUUGCAGCGGGAACCAGCGCUGGCUUCGGAGACCCCUCUGAGUGGACACAACACCGGACCCCCGACAGGGACAACCAGACCAUGGUUCUCUUUGCUCCCCUGGAACUGAAGGUCAGGGCCAAGAUGGACUCCCUUCACGUCAUGUGGCAGCCACCAUCCAAUCACGCGCAGAUCUCUGGAUACAAGCUGUAUUACCGGGAGGCGGAGCUUGAGAAUUUGGCCAGUGAGGAUCCGCCAGACCCUCCAAGAAAGGGGACCUGGGCCAGUUCACCCAUCAGGCUGAAAAAGAAAGUGAAGCAGUAUGAGAUCACUGGCCUAGCCCCUGACCGGCUCUAUGAAGUGAAGGUCAUGGCCUUCAGCAAGCAUGAGGAUGGCUAUGCGGCUGUGUGGAAGGGCAGGACAGAGAGGGCACCGCUCACUAUGGGAGAGCCCCCGGUGCAGAAGGUCCCCCCUCUGCCCCCCAGCAGUGUGCACGCUGCGUCCAACAGCUCCACCUCCAUCUGGCUCAGGUGGGAGAAACCGAGCUUCAGCACGGUGAAGAUCGUGAACUACACUGUGCGCUGCAACCCCUGGGGCGUCAAAAACGCCUCUCUAGUCUCCUAUUACAUCAGCUCUGAAGAGCAGAUCCUUCUCACCGGGCUCAAGCCCUACACUAAGUAUGAGCUGGCAGUCCAGUCCAACGCAGUGGGGGUGGACGGCCCCUUUAGCAAAGUGGUGGAGCAGUCGACCCUACCCGACAGGCCGUCCUCGCCCCCCUCAGAGCUGCAGCUGAGCCCCCUGGGCCCCCACUCUGUGCUGGUGCGCUGGCAGCCCCCCCUGGAGCCCAAUGGGCUCAUUGUGGAGUACGUGGUCCUCUACAACUCCAACAGCACCCAGCCAGACAGCAUGUGGAGCUCGCUGUCCCGAGAGGGGAACAUCUUCAGCGCGGAGGUCAAGGGUCUGGAAAGCGGCACCAGGUAUUUCUUCAAGAUGGGUGCAAAGACGGUGAUGGGAGCCGGGCCCUAUUCACAGGUGAAGGAAGCACACGCCCUCCCGGAGAAACACCCCGAGCCUGAUAUCCUGGAUGUCCACUCAGUCACUGGGAUCAUCGUGGGGGUCUGUCUGGGGCUGCUCUGCAUUCUGCUGUGCAUGUGGGUCAGCUUCCGCACCAGCAAGCAGAGAGAGAUUCCCCAGGGCUCAGACUUGCACAGCUCCACCAGUCCCCACUCCCUCUACCGCAAGGGCCGGCCUGCCCCCGCCACCCAGCUGGAGUGCCACGACUGCCACGAGCUCGAGACGCUGAUGUCACCGUGGCCGGAGGACACCUCCCUGCCACUGACCGAAAUCACUGAGCUUACCGAGGAGCAAAGCCUCAUGGGAACCAGCCUGGCAGAAGACAGCCUCCACAUCGAGCUCAAGCCUGCAUGGAAUGGGUCGGUUAGUCGCAACUGGGCCAAUAACAUAACCAGCUACCGCGACACCAUCACAGAGGGAUCUCAGGCGGUGACUAACGGGGCGGUGGGUCCCCCGAGCGAGCCGGCCAUGGAGAGGCUGCUUCAGACACCGGCUCCAGAGUCCAACAAGAGUGAAGUGAAGAAUAAAGCCACACCAUUGGUGGGCACCCAUCAGAUGGAAGCGCUGGUCAUUGUGCAUUCAGAACUGUCCGAGUCUGACAGAAACGGGGCGGGCCCCGCACAGUGCACACAGGGGCAUGAUGGGAAGGCCGUGGAGGAAGAGGAGAGCGACGUCCUAUUGACCAAUCAGAACACUGCCGACAGCAACGAGGCAGGCAGAGAGAGGGGCAGCCAUGUCCUGCUGAGCCACAACAGGAAGAAGCCAGGAAAGCCGGAGUCGGGCGAUGCUCACGGCCUUCCCAACGGCUUCCACAGCGUCGAGGAACACAACUGCUCACUGCAGAACGGAGACACUGACUCGCUUCAGCAUGACAACAGGAACUGUCAGCCAGCAAAGUGCCAGCCUUUCCCCAGAGGCCCACAGGAGCACCCCCAGCAGUUUGUUAGCUCUGGUAUCAUAAACUCUACCUCAACAACCAACAACCACUUGUGUCCGUAACCACUGAAUGGGCAACUCAGUCACUUUGGUCUUGGGAGAGCUAGAAGGCAUGUGUCAUGUGUUUUGUUCUGUAGCGUCGUGACACCCACACAACCAUGCAAAUUUUUAAUUGAUUGGAGCAGCCUACAUUUUCAAUUGUGAUUGCAGUCAGCACACAACACAAAGGCUUUGGGUGUGGAACAUAGAGGCAAAACUAUGAUGUAUUGCACUGCAGUUUUUGUCCGUCAUGAACAAACCUCCCAUUACGAUGGUGGGAUAUAGAAGUGCAGCCCCGUUUACAGCCCACACACAAUUCGGUUUUAUUAUAUGGUUUGUUUUAACCAAAGCCUGUAGAGAACAGGUGGUUUACCUGUACACCAACUACAGGUAGAUAUUAAUGUAUAUAUUACUUGCUUGAGUAAAAUUGACUCUUUUUAAUAUUACAUAGAUAUAGUCAAUAUUCUCAUCCAAGUUAUUAUUAAUGCAUUACUUUAUUUAUUUAUUUGAAAAGCACCUAUCUCCAACGCUAGUAUUUCCUUAAUUUACAAUCUCCCUUAAAUCUUAUUACCUGUAUCCUGUAACAUCAUCGAAGCCUGUCUUUAAUCCACAGGAACAAAAGACCAUCGCCAGUAAUUGCCACUCUCACUUGAAGGAAUUCGUUAAACUUUACGGGGUACACCCAUACAGUAGAGUACCUUUUGAAUCUAAACAAAGAUUGCAAUCUUCCUAAAGUGUGAAUUCCACACUGCAUGUUUGCAGUGACACGCUCUUCAGCUCUCCCAUGGUCACAAUGAGUUCAGUUGUCUCUGUGUACACAACCACAAUAACUCACACUAGUGGCUGAAGCAGCAGCCGUUUAUUGCCCUCUAUGAGUGCCUCUUACAACUUUCACUACAGCGGAGCCUCUUCCAAGUUGUGGGUGAGGAACAGAGCCUGGACUUUGCAUUGGGUUCUAGUGCCUCGUAUUUUAGGUACAGCGUCAAUAUAUUUGUUUUCCUGGGAUUACUUUCUGUUUCAUUUUCUAAGGUCAAGUAAUGUGUGUGUUUUUAGAAUAGCAUUUUAAUACGUUCUCCUCUCUCUUUUUUUUUCUUCUCCCAGACAACAGAACUACCUCAUGUCUGUUAAGAAUAGUUUUACUGGGGUUCCCGAGUGGCGCAUCCAGUAAAGGCGCUCCACGUGAGUGCAGGAUGCGCUCUAUAGCCUGCAAGUCGCGAGUUCGAAUCCAGGCUAUUCCUUUGCCGAUCGAGGACGGGAGCUCCCAAGGGGCGGCGCACAAUUGGCCGAGCGUCGCCCGGGGGGAGGGAGGGUUAGGUCGGUCAGGGUGUCCUCGGCUCACCCCGCACCAGCGACCCCUGUAGUCUGGCUGGGCGCCUGCGGGCUUGCCUGCAGCUGCCCGAGAGCUGCGUUGUUCUCCGACGCUGUAGCUCUUGGGUGGCUGCAUGGUGAGUCUGCAGUGUGAAAAAAAGCGGUCGGCUUGACGGCACACGCUUCGGAGGACAGCGUGUGUUCGUCUUCGCCCUCCCGAGUCAGCGCAGGGGUGGUAGCGGUGAGCCGACCGUAAUAAAUAAUUGGCUAUUCCAAAUUGGGAGAAAAUAAUAAAAAUAAUUGGCAACGACUAAAUUAAAAAAAAAAAAAAAAAAUAGUUUUACUCCUUUUUUUUUUUUGUAAUUCGAUACAGUUUUUAAAAUGAUGCACUGCCUUUCUUCUAAGACAACCUUUUCGCUGGUUGUUAAAUGCCUUUUUCUCCCCCAUUUUAUGUAAUUUUGACUUCUUUCUUUCACUCCUGCUGUAUCCCAGAUAAACGGCCCUCUAAUGAGCAAUAACACCGUUAAAAGGAGCAGGAUGUAGAUUUGGAGUCAAAGACUGACAAAGAGAAAAGUUAUCGCUCAGCCCCUAACUUCUGCCUGUGAUCUCCUGACUGGCUCGUAAAUAAUGCCUGGGUAGUGACGGAAGGAGAAACGGUGGGCUUAUCCCACAAGGACCCCACCAAUGUUAUUAACAAGGGGCUUUUUCUUUUAAAUUGCUUGGAUGAGAGAGUGCAAAUCUCUACCUUUUUUCAUGGCAAUAAAAGGAUUACUUUGUAGUGCCCCGGAUGGCACUUGCAUUGAUCUGUUAGCUGGAAACUGUCUUCGGGUUCCUUGGUUCCAAACUUGAAUUUUCAAUUGAAGUGAACAAUUUUCAGAGGUGCCAACCCAAACCUGUGGGACUCCCUGCUUCGUUUUUUGUUAGCGCACAUUACAGUAUUUAAGUUUUUUGUCGAUGUCGAGGAUUCAGGGUUCUCCCCAGGCCUGUUCAGCCAGACAGAAUCGCAAAGGAUCAUGGGGUAAAUGGAGCAGCGUAGCCUGUGUAUGAAUCAGAGUGGAUUAUUAUUCAUUAUUCAAUUUCCCACGUGUGUGUGUGUGCAUGCCUAUGUGCGCGUGCGUGUGUGUAUAUUGCUGCUGUGCAGAACAAAUUACCAUUUGACCUUUUUUUAUUUUCUUUCCUGAACUCUAAUGAAUUAUUUAUAGGAAUAUGCAAAGAAAUUUAUAUAUUAGCCUCAUGUAAUGAUGAUCCGUAACUUAAAAAAAAUGAAAUUCUGAGGUUGGAAAAAAAAAAAAAAAAAACACUACAUUGUUUCAGCUGAUGCCUUCAUUAAUGCUAGGUAUCUGUUUCUUCUUGUGUGGUGCAGAUACAGGGAUACUGUUGCUAAUUCAACUAUGAAUUCUGCUCGUCAUUAAUCUCUACAGCAUCAUUCUGCAUUAGCCACAACAUUAGUCAAGUUUCAUAGAAAAUUACCUCGUAAUCCAUCACAAAACUAGGAUUUGAAUGAAGUCAGGCUAACGACAAAAGGCAAACUAGCACUUGUCCGUAUACGCUAGCAGUAUUACUGCACAGGAACUAGUGCACUUAUGCUUUAAACAAGCAAAAAAAAAAAAAAUAACUACUGUUGAAUUGGGGUUAAAAUAAUCCUGAUGCUGAAAAAAGAAAAAAUGAGGGGAUUGCAUAAGGUCAAGUAGUUGCAAGUUUGCAAGUUUGUAUGCAUACAGAACUUCAUUUUGGCAAUAUGAGUAUUUGAUUUGUAACAAUUACAGAUCGCAGUAUGCGACAGGAUUGAGAUAAUUACCCUAUACACGUAUGGGUAUUUUGGAGGUAUGCUAUUAGUUUUUAUAUUCACUGGAACAGGUACAGCCUUAAAUACUGUACUGCUAGUCUGGAGCAAUGGAAGCCUGAUCCAAUUUAAAUAUUUAAAUACCAGGCAUGGAAUAAAUGUGAUAACAAGCCAAACUAUCUGUCUAUCUAUUGAUUGAUCGAUCGAGGCGGUGCCUAAACUGCCCUGCUCAAGGGUGUAAGAGCUGGACAGUCCAGUCACUGGCUUCAAAUACCUACUGACCUGCAAUUGAACAGUGUUUAUCAGCAAACAAUACAACCAUGCCUCUCAAUGCCAUGGAGACAUGCUUAUCUAACAGUCUUUGCUAUCUGAGCCUGCACAGAAUGAAGAACGAACUUUAACAAAAAACUAAAACCGCACAUUGCCAUGAAAUGCAUCGAUGCACAACCUCUUUAUGAAUGUGGUCCACCGUGCGCGUGCCUGCGUGUGCCUGCGUGUGCGUGUUACAGAACACCUGUCUGCAGAUUGUGGAUUAUGUAAUCUUACGUCUGAGUUACCAAAUCCAUACUACACCCCAUCUGCCUUUUCGAAGCUGAAAAGCAGAUCUGCUUUUAUUGUUUUCUUCAGGUAUGCAGCUUUCUGUAUUUUGAUAUUCCAAGUAGGAUACCUGGUUUCUCGAUUUUAGAUUUUCUUACUGUUUUAAUAAUUUGUGUUAUUAAUUUUAUUGAGUAACACUGGACAUUUAAAUACCUUUUCUAAAACUGGGAAAACUAAAAUCUCACCUGGGUUUCCUGUAGGGAAGAAACUGUUGUAAAGAAGAAAAAAACCACUAUGAAAAAGCUUGACCUCUGCAAUAGAAAUGACAAGGUGCACCCAGUGUUUAAUAUACAUGACUAAGAUCCUGCGGUAACACCUCUUGUACACUACCUGUAUAGAACACUAUAACCAAGUAUACUGCACAGCUUGUAUAUACCACACAACCUGUAUCGAAUGUGCACAGAUUCUCCUCAAAUGAGUAAAAGGGGGUGCUUUAUAUUGUUGAAAAUGAUGUCACGUCAUUACCUCUGUAUAAAAUGCAAGUAGCGUAGAAAAAGUGUUUGGUUCUUUAGCUUCAGUUGCAGCUAAGUUGGAAAGUUUGGGACUGAAAACGUUUACCCAUAAUACUAAAUUCUGUGGCUGAACAUUUACAGUAUUUACCUCCAAUGUCAAUGGAGGCUGAGUCGAUUGAGAAGUGUGGUUGUGACAAAGUUACAGUGGAGAAAUUGUGUGUUUUGCCUUUUAAAAUCCAGUAUCGUAAUUAUACUAAAACAAAAUGAACUGUAUAAUAAGAAAAAUAUGCUUUGAAUUUAAUGCGUUUUGGUCAGUUGUCAGUUGGUGUCUUGUUUUAUUGUUGGCUCUAAAUUACACCUGCAUAUAAAGGCAGUACUGCCUGUAGCUCUGGCUGAGUCAUCCGAUCAGGAGCUCGCUGGUUCCAAUCCAGGUCCUACAGAGUUUCCGAUACUGGCUGGGGGCUUUCAGUGACCCCUACUGGUCAGACUUGCCAGGCAGAGCCUCCAGCGUUCAGUAUCUUGGUAACAUCUGUUGCGCUGGUUGGUUGGGUGAGUGGAAAGAGGCCGCUGGUGGGCAUUUCAAAUUGGGUAUAGAAACGAAGGUGGGAUUGAUCGUACACAGCUGCUCGUUCUCUCAUUGUCUGUAAUUGUCCCCCGCCGGUACUGUAUUUGAAAGCUUGUUUGCUUGCCUGGCGAAGAGCUGAAGCCUGAGAUCAAAGUGUCUGUUCAGUGGAGCUGAUCAUACCUGUGCCUGGUAAUAAAACCUGCUGUAUAUGCUGCUUCUGAAUGUAGACGUGUACUUUUACCUGUAAACAUCAGUUCCGGUGCCCCCAGAGCAGUGCGUUCUGUUCAGACGGAUGAUUUCAUGUUUUCAAAAGAAUUCUCUUAUUUCAAGUGUUCAAGUACGGUCUGUUUAUGGGUCUGUAUAUUUAAUGGCGCUGGAUUUUUACAGUGUUUCGAACAUCAGAAUCCUCUUAGUACUGUAGAUGCGCUUCGAGUCAUCCCACACUCUGGAUUGUAAGUACUUCCAGUUUUUUUUUUUUUUUAUAUUCUGUAUAUUUCAAAAGCUGCUGUAUUUGUAUUUUAUCAGGUACUUUCCAUGACUAAUACAAUUAACAUGAUUGUACUUUCUGCAGUGUGUGUGUCGCUCAGCAGAACCUCAAACACAACACGGUUUCUAAUGUUUUAUAAACUUCUCAAUUAAAGGUGGACGAAUGUGAA